AUGUCGGCGCAGCAGCAGCUGGCUCCGGAGCGCUCCAUCUUCGGCAUCGAUCCGCUCGACGACUUUGCCACGCUGGUGGGCGACUGGAUCCUCUACCACGGCGGCAACAGGCAGAACCUCGAGAUCGAGGGCAAGGUCGGCCUGAUCAUCGACUCCGAGACUGGCCAGCGGGUGCAGCUGCCCGUGAGGACCGAGACGGUCGUCGACCUGCCCCGGACCCGCUUUGAAAGCAAGAUGACUAUGAGCCAGCACGCGAGCUACAACCGCCUGCUCAACAAGCUCGUCUCGCGGUCCGGCGACGGCUCCUACACGGGCGCAAAGGUGUCGUACGCGCGGCGCAAGGAGGUCGACUACUUCCACCCGGCGCCGGGAGGCGGCGGCAAGGUGCGCGUCACGCGCGAUGCCGACACGCUCGCCAUCAAGCCCAACGGCAUCGUCCAGAAGAGCCGCGUUGCCGACCUCAACGUCUACUGCCCGGGAAGGGCGUUCGACUACCGCAUCAGCGUCAAUACCGAGACCCCGGCCCAAGAACCGACGUCGGAGAGCACGUCGAUACGCGAAAAGAACCGCCUCUCGUACAGCCACCAGAACUUUGUCGUGGACCUGACACAGGUCACGAUGCCAGAAAAGCCGCAAGAGCCGAUCCACGAGCUCGAGAUUGAGUUCAAGGACGUGCCCGCGCUCCUGGCGGCAGCGCAAUCGAGGGGCGGCGGCGCCAAGGGCAGUGCCGACGGUGCGUCGUCGUCGCAGGACUGGACGGCCUACGACGACCAGAUCCUCAUCUUCCUCAACAACCUCAGGCUCCUGAUCCGCAACGCUCCGGUCGACGAGCGGUAG